UAUAUAUUUAUUUAUUUAUUUACUUAACAAACUAUAACUUCUUAAUUGUUUUUCUUUCCUUUUUAAGCACUAAUUAGUAACCUCCUCCUCCUCCUUCUUCUUCUUCUUCUUCUUCUAUUUCUCUUUUCCUUGUUUUCUUUUUCAUUAACUUUGAGAACCUUAUCCAUCGCCCUACUUCUGCAGAAGCAUUAACUAAUAUGGCUGCAGGAGACCUGAGAAUCAUAGUUGAAAAGAACCCAUCAGAAUCAAGACUCAGUGAAUUAAACAUCAAGUGCUGGCCAAAAUGGGGUUGCUCACCAGGAAGAUACCAGCUAAAGUUUGAUGCAGAAGAGACAUGUUAUCUGUUGAAAGGGAAGGUAAAAGCAUACCCUAAAGGGUCAUCAGAAUAUGUAGAGUUUGGUGCAGGAGAUCUUGUCAUCAUACCUAAAGGACUCAGUUGCACUUGGGAUGUAUCAGUAGCCGUUGAUAAAUACUAUAAAUUUGAGUCUACUUCAUCGCCAUCGCCAUAUUCUUCCUCAUCUUCUUCGUAGUUUUAGUAGCAGUGACCUUAUUACAUAAAUAUAUUUCAUAUAUAUACUAUCAAUCUUUCUUUUUUCUUUUUCCUGAUAUAAUUUCUUUUUAAUAGAUCAAUCUAUUCUUUGGAA